AACUACAUCUGUGAGCUAACACGUGUCUGAUAGUAGUUGUCACUUUCUUAUCCGCUUCUAUACAGUCCACUACUGAUCGGGAAAAAGAUGGCGACUAUGGCAGCCAUUGUCGCUCCCUUCUCCUUUUCCUCAUUGUUAUACUCGUCUCCUUCCUCACAAACUUCUUGCUCUUUCAUACAAAGACCUCGAUUCUCUUUCUCCUGCCGCGCCUCAUUAUCGUCGCCACCGCAACACGGUGGCCCAACUGGUUUUAUGGACUUCCCGUACGUCUCCGCCCCACACAAAGCUCUUAUGGUAGAUCUAGUAUCCACCGUCGAAAGUCGGCUCGGUUCUUUACUUAAUCCUUGCAGCCUCCCGCCUGAUGUACAGUCUUAUCAGAAUGAAACCGGAACAGCUCAUGCUGCUCUCCAUCUCAGAUCAGGCGUCCAAUCCUCUCAGAUUGAUUUCAUAUUGGGAAGUUGGCUUCACUGCGAGUUACCAUCAGGAGGAGCUUUGAACAUCACAAGCCUGUCAGCCUAUCUAAACUCAUCAACCGAUGCACCCAACCUGUUAGUAGAGCUAAUACAAAGCACUCCGACAUCAAUAGUUCUAAUUCUCGAUCUCCCUCACAGAAAGGAACUCGUAUUAAACCCUGAGUAUCUCAAAACAUUCUAUGAAGACACUCAAUUGGAUCAACACAGACAACACCUCCAGAAGCUCUCAGAGGUCACACCUUACUUCUCUUCAUCUCUUUACAUCCGUUCAGUUGUCUCUCCCACUGCAAUCCUGGUGCGUAUAGAAACAGAACAGCUGGAGGAAAUGAUUGAAACUCAUGUCACUCCGAUUGCAAAACAAGUGUUGAAAACUUGGUUAGAUGUUUGUGCUUUUGGGGAGAGGGUAGUGGGUGAAAGUGAUAGGGUUUAUUUGAAAAAGAGAGAUGAAAUGAGCAAAAAAAAGACCAUUGAAAUCGAUCUGGGUUCAAGUUUGCCAAGGUUGUUUGGCGAAGAAACUGCAAAACGUGUACUCGAAGCUCUCAGGGAGGUUUUCUAAUUCUGUUAGGAAUUGUUAGUAUCGGUUUGAGAAGGAUUUAUUUAUUACUUUAUAAAAAUAAAAAUGUCUCAUAGUCUA